AUGGUGGUGCCGGCGCGGCGCGUGAAGACGGAGUACAUGAAGCGCUUCAAGGAGCCCAAGUGGGAGUCGUGCGGCGCCUGCUACCUGGAGCUGCUGCGCUACCGGCUCAGCCGCCGCCUCCUGGAGCAGGCGCACCGGCCCUGGCUGUGGGACGGCUGGGAGGACGACAGCGGCAGCGGCGGAGGCAGCAGCACCGCCGGGUCCCCGUCGCCGCCCGCCGUCGGCAGCCCCGCGGCCGCGCAGGAGAGGGAGGCGCCGGCACCGGCGGCACCACCGGCACCGAGAGAGGCGGGACGGGCCAGCCCCGGUCGGGAGCGGGUUAAUGGCGAGAAAGAAGGAGAAGAUAAAGAAGAGCAGCAGAAGGAAGAGCAGGAAAAAACUGUAGAACACCCUUCUGUAAAGGAAGCAGACAAAACCAGCCGUCCAGGACGACGUCCAAGUCAAAGUGCCUUGUCCAGUCGGAAUGAUCGAAGAUCAGCCAAAAGCCCUCAAAAGACAGAUGCACCAAAGGAGAAUAAACAUCCAUUUGCUCUGUAUGGGUGGGGAGAAAGACAGACAGAUACUGGAAGCCAGAAAACUCACAAUGUUCGUGCUUCUGCUUCAGCAAAUGAAAUUCAUGAAUCUGCUCUCCGAGCAAAGAACAGGAGACAAGUGGAGAAAAGGAAGCUCUCUCAGAGGCGGGUACGAUCAGCAGAAGCAGAGAAAGCCUGGCGAAUAAAGCCCUCCCCUCCAGAUAACCCUUGGAUGACAGAGUACAUGAGAUGCUACUCAGCAAGAGCUCUGUGAAUCUGGAUUCACUUAGGCAUCUUCAAAAGAAGUUACUCAUAUCAGGACACUGGUGCAAGGAACCAAACUACUUAUGCAAGGUUUUUAUAGGGAGUUUCCAGCUGUUAAAGUAUUUGCUAUGAUGUUUUUAUCUUGGCUACCUACCUCACAGUGGGGUGCAUUGUUGGAGCCAUAAUAUUUGAAGAGGCUUUUAGAUAGAGCUACCCAAACUUUUAACCAAUUCCCCUUUUUGGGAAUUUUUCUAAUGCUUCAGUUGACUUGUUUUGAGGUGGAAGGGGGAAUUUUAGCAUACAGGGAGUCAAACACUCUUUUGAGCUUGGUUACAAAUAAUCUGUUGUCCCUUAUUUUAAAAGUUCAAGUUGCAGGGAGGUGGUGCUGGGGAAAGACUCGAAAGGUGUGAUGGAGGUGCCUUUGCAUUUAUAGUACUAUUUAAUACUUCUACCAAAAUAAGUAUAUUGAGACAGGUAACAGGAAAGCCAGUGGGUCUGGUAAACAGCACUAAUAAAUGUACAUGCUUUAGGCAGGCAAAUACUAAGUAUUGUCUGUACAUAGAAACUUUCAGAAAAACCUUGUUUGAUUAGUGUAUCUGCUGACUCUUACUGCUGUUUCUAAGGUCAUUAAACUACUAAUUGUCAGGGUAAGAAACAGCUACAGGAUUGUUUUGCUGUCGCUGUGCCUGUUGUACCAAAUAAUGGAUGUAGACAAUCAUGAUCUGCUAGCUGCUGCUCAAUAAGCAGUUGCUUGUUCUACCAGUAUGAAAUUAUACCACUGUAUUAAGCUCAUGGUCACACUUACUCUGUGCUUAAUCAUGUAAAUGUGUUUAUUGAAGGAGAGGGCUGGCUCCUGUCUAGUGAAGUCUAUUUUUAACACUUAAGAGUACCUGUUGUGUUCAGCGGGGACCAGAGUGCAAUAUGCAUUCCAUUUGGUGGCAUUGUACAAGUAUACUGUUAAAGAUUUUAAACUUAGAAAAUGUGUGGAUAAGGCUUGCAGAUGAAGUCCUGAGCAGCUUUCUGCCUCUCAAGAUUGGUGUGGAACCCCUUGCUAUAGGGGUGAGAGGAAGGAGGAGAGGUGUACCUUUUACUAAACAACAUACAGUGGACUUUGAACACUCACUUUAUAGGUCCUACUACAUAGCAAGACAGUCAUUGUUUGUGAUAUCCUUUUCCCCUCAAGCUGCUGUAAGUAUUUUGUUUUCAGUUGGAUAACUAAGCUUUAGACAGAUGAUUGCUGUAGUUGUGAGCUUAAAGUUUUGUUCAGAUGUGUUGUGUGUUAGUCACAUGUGUUGGUUACCUCAGUUUAAGUAUCUUGCUGCUUGUGUUUUGCAGACUGUGAACACCUCAUAGGAAGCACACUUGCACUUCUGUAGCAGAUGUCUGUGCUAGUCUUAGCUUCAUCCCACAAUUUGUGAGUAAGCAGGACUCUUCAACUACUACUGCAGCACAUAGCUACAUGCUUAAUGUGAAGUUUCAUUUUAAGUGUUACUGAAAGAAAGUAAUCACAUAAAAGGACUAAGCACUGCUGCCUCCUAGUGUUAAUGGCAUUCCAUCAGUACAGGCUUCAUUACUCCCAAUUCUAAUCUUAUGGAAGUCCUAGAAUCAAUGAAAUUAUAACCUUAGUUUUACCUGCCUUUUAAGCAUAAAAUUAUAAAAAUACAGACAACUCUUGUUCAAUUCUACAUGAUCUUAUGGCUUUUAAAUCUGGGAUUGCAAAGUAUGAUUAAGUAUGUUUUAUACACAGCAAAAACUACUGUAUUCCAACUCUUAAGUAAACCACGGGCUAAAACUUCCUAAAACUGCAGAACAGUGAGCAGAACUGAGGCAAACUAUUCCAGAAGAUGUCUUUUUUUCCAUAUGAGAUUCCUUUAUUUUCCUUUUAUGCUUUGUUUUCCUCUUUAAAUAGCUGCUCUAAAUAUGCUUAAGUAGCUUCUGCUGCUGUCUCAAUUCAGAAAUGCACCUAACUUUGUACAAUGGUAUCAAAGCACUUACUCAGUGGUGUUUAACAGCCUUAUUCAAGAAAAACUAUCUGUUCCAGUUGCCCACAGGCUUUGCAAGUUCUGCGUAACAGCAGAAGGACUGUGCCCCUGGUGCAUUGUGUCAUGCUAAACAGCUUACUUGACCGUGUGGGGCAGGGUUCAUCUUGCCAUGCUUCAAAGACAGCUUCUAUGGUUCUCUCUUCCCACUGAGAAUGGAGGAACUGAGAUGAGUAUGUGCCUGCUUCAAAUACCCAUUUUUUGGAUAAGAGGGACCUCCCAUCAGAUGCUGGUCUUUCCGGUAAUUAUAGAAGGUUUAAAUGUCUUCUGCCUUGGAUACCAGGUACCAAACUUAAAACAUGUAAAACCAGGCUUGUUCAGGGUGUUCUACAGGGUGUAAGAAUCUUCACCAGCACCAAGGCUGCUGUGUACUGGGGAUCUAGUUCUUAUCCUUGUUGGGUCAAGAACUGUCCCCAUCAAAUUCAUCUGCUAGAAGACAGUAGUGACGCUAAUCAGGUCAAGGGAGUCUCAGUCAUGCUUUUUCAAAUGGUUUGUUGCUAAAACCAAUCCUGGGUGCUAUGUUGGUACUGUCUUGGUUUACAGAAUAUAAUGCCUGAAGUGAGGGAUAAAUCAUUCUACAAGUCAGGUAGCCUUCCUGUAUUUGGGUGUUAUUUGGCUUAAAAAGGCUAGUAGGUUUGCUUAGACAAUGUGAAAUAGUGUAGUUCUGAUACUGCAGAGUUGUACAUGCAAAAUAUUUGGCAUGUGCUAAGCUGAAGUCUGAAAAACUGUUAUUUUAAUGUUUUGACAUUAAUAAAUGACAAGCCAAUUGACUUGGAAAUCAGAACUCUUCAAGUGUAAAAGCUUUAACUAUAUUGCAUAGAUUCUUGUAGGAGAUGGCUGUUUUGCAUCAGGUUGGACUCAUUAAAAAUGGAAAAACCUAGUGAAUGUCAUCCAAUCAAGUAAGGAAGUUCUGAACUUUGUCUUGCAUGGACUCUUGAAUUCAGCCAAGUAAUGAACACUUCUCACUCCUGCUGUAGAAGUACAACUGUUUGCAAGAACACAGUAAAUACUCAGUUGUCCCAAGUCUUCAUUAAAAUAACUGCUUAUUCCUUUUUAUUUCUGAAAGUACUUAGCUAAGUGAAACAAGACUUACAAUGUGCAAUGCUGAAAUUUAACUGUAGUGUUGUGACAACUAGUGUUUACAAUGUGAGAUGUUACAAUGAAAACUGCAUAAGAAUGUUCCUGUGAGCUACAGUAGCAUGCCUGUUCAGUCACUGCUGUCACAUCUUUGCAACUAUAGAUUACUGACUUUUUCCACUGGUAACUGAUACAGUCCAGGUGAUAGUUGAACUUAUAGCCAAACUUAACAAAACUGAAACAUGAAUUUCUGGUAAGAAUUUUAUCCAGGUGGCCAAUGCACAUUUUAAUCAAUUUUUUAAUAUGUAUGGAAGUGUACCUGGCUUUGGCUUUUUUUUUUUUUCUAUGGUAUAAUGCAGUGCCACUGAAUGAUAAAGGCCUCUCUUUGUUUUUCUUACUGUGAUAAGGACCAAAUGCUAGCAAUCUGGGGGCCUUAUGUGUGGUAAACCUGCCAGUUUAUUUUCCAGCUCAGUUAGUGCACUCAGCAGCAAAGCCAUAUAUGGAGCCUGGCUCAACACCUUGACAGUAGCCCCUAUAAGCAAGAGGUCCAAGAGAGUGGGAAGCUGCCUCAGCUCUUGUUAGCACUGAAUUCACUUUAAAAACAAUAGGAAAGUACCAUCUAAGCUUGAAGCAAUAUGUGUUUUUUAAAGUAAGUUUUUAAACAGUAUUUGUUUUUAAUGCUUCUGUAUUGUCUAUAUUUAAUAGUGUAGUGUCAACUUGUAUAUGUGAAUAAAAUGAGUGACACAAAG